AUGGCCGCCCGCCUCCCCCUGGUGCUCUGGCUGACCCCCCCUCCCGCGGCCACUGCCGCAGCUCCUGCUGGGCCGCAGCCGAGCACCGCCUCCGGCUACCGGCCGCGCACCACCGCGGCCUUGUCCCGCUCCGGCCAUGGCCACGCCCUGAACAAUGAACAUCUUUGUCAAGAACCCCACGUCCCCACCGGAAGAACGAUCCGGAUCUGGGUUCACCCAUCAGAUACCUUCCGUUCCGUCAAGGAGCAGAUCCAGAAGCGGUAUCACCUCAUCUUCAGUGGGGUGCAGCUAGAGGAUGACAGUACAUUUGCUGAUUACAACAUCCAGCAGGACUCCACUCUUGACCUUGAAGAGAAGACACAUAUCUACGUGAUGGAGACACUGAUGGGCAGGAUCAUCAACAACCUUGAAGUUGACAUCCUAGACACUAUUGACGGCGUGAAGGCCAAGAUCUAUCGCCUCGAGGGCUUCCCCAUAGAUCAGCGGUGCCUCAUCUUCGAUGGCAAGCGUCUAGAGAACGGGAGCCGCACCUUGGCAGACCACAACAUCCGCAAGGAGUCCACAAUACUCCUUGUCCUCCACCCGUGUAUUCCGAGAGGAGACAUGAUCCAGAUCUUCGUGAAGGUGCUGACUGGGAAGACCAUCACUCUCAAGGUUGGGAGCUUGGACACCGUCGAUAGUGUCAAGGUGAAGAUCUAUGAGUUGAACUACGCCCCUUUCCCGAAGGAGCAACGCCUCAUCUUUGCUGGGAGGCAGCUCGAGAGCGGCACCUUGGCGGACUACAAGGUUACGAAGGAGUCCACCCUUCAUUUGUGUCUACGUCUUCGUGGUGGUUGA